UUUGUUUUGCAGAAUAAGUAGGUUGGGAGUGAUGAUGUUAUGUGUAGCACAUAGGAAUUGCCGAAUUGGAUACAAUCCGGAAGAAUAAGCUUGGAGAGCAAGGCAAUAUUUGGAUGUUUUAUGGCAGAAAUAGGUGCACGGCAGGCAUGGGUUUCAGCUUUUGUGACUCAAUCACCCACCAUAACCAUUAUUAUCAGUACAUAGUACUAGUUAAUCUCAGUCAUGCCUAUUCCUAGGUUUAUGCUCUUUUCAUCCCAGCAUCGCUCCACUGCUGCGGCCCUCGCUCUUCUUCGAAGGUGCGUUCCCUCUACGACAACUCAAUCUGUUAGGUAUUCAAAAUCAACAAGUCACGGUAAAACAAAACAUUAUCUUCAUCCUGUAUUCCAACCAGAAUCCAGCUCCGCCUCCCAGGUUUCUCGCUCAUGGGGUGCCUAUGUUGUUCCAGCUGCUGUUCUUGGAUUUGCUGGGCUUGCAGCUUUUUUUCACUAUAAUGAUGAGAGAAGAGCGGUUCCCAAAGGUCAUCAGGGUGGUGGCCUCAGAAAUGUUGCCAAUGGACCCAUAAUUGGGGGUCCAUUUACACUAAUUAAUACAGAGAAACAAGCAAUUACAGAACGUAAUUUUCUUGGGAAUUGGGUCCUCCUCUACUUUGGUUAUACCUCAUCCCCCGAUCUUGGGCCAGAGCAAGUCCAAAUUAUGGCCAACGCAAUUGAUAUAUUAGAAUCAAAACAGAAUCUCAAGAUUCUACCUGUAUUUGUUUCGAUUGAUCCUCAACGUGAUACUCCCUCACAACUUCGUGCUUACCUUAAAGAGUUUGAUUCAAGAAUCAUAGGAUUAACUGGACCUGUUGCAGCUAUUAGGCAGAUGGCUCAAGAAUAUCGUGUUUACUUUAAAAAGGUAGAAGAGGAUGGCAAUGAUUAUCUUGUUGACUGUUCCCACAACAUGUAUUUGCUGAAUCCUAAAUUGGAGGUUACGAGAUGCUUUGGAGUCGAGUAUAGUGCAGAGGAGUUGUCAGAAGCGAUAGUGAAAGAGCUGAACAGAAACCCCUCUUGAAUGGUUACGAGAUGCUUUGGAGUCGAGUAUAGUGCGGAGGAGAUGUUUCUGUUUUUCGUUUUCUUCUAAUUAGAUCACAGAAUAAUUUACAUCUGAUGAAUUAAGUUUUACUUUAGACGAUUGGAUUUAGCUUUGCUUUAUUUUCAACUAGACUUGCAGAAAAAUGUAGUGGCAAUCUGAGCUUCAUUUUAAGUUUCGCGGGCAUUUAGUUCUUGGCUAACAUCUUAGAUGGAUGUUUUAUACCUGAAUGUUUUCACAUUCACCUUCAUCUAACAAGCACUUUGGUUUUAGUUCACGA